UACCGUUUCUUAUUACAACCUAAAAAUGUCAGUGUUAGAAGCCAAAAGUUUUAAAUUAAAAUAGCUUAAACAACACCAUACCACUGUGUAUUAUAAAGAUACAAUAUUAUUAUUCCAGGCUGACGAGGGCCGAUGAUCUGCAAGCUGGUAAACAGGGAUCUGGACUCAAGCGUAAGGGAAGAGCUAGAAAUAUUUUUGCUGCAGCUGUCCAAUCACAAUGUCAGAUUCUCCGCUCUCGGAUUUUUUAAGAUCAACAAUGAGACUCUAACAGUAAUUGGAGGAGCAGUAACUACCGACCUGGUUCUACUGAUCCAGUUUGAGACUGCCACUUUCCACCAGGACUGAGGAAGAUUGGUGUUCAGAC